UGACUUUGGCGAAAAACGAUUUUUCCCCCACUUCACUGCUGGAGUCACAGUUUCGUUUGUAUCCGUGCAGUUAGGAAUAACGGGACCGCUGCGGCGUCCAGUGCCAAAUUGCAGGCAACCGGCGACAUGGGUCUGAUUAAAUUUAUAAGUGCGAUCAUUACUAGAGCGCUUUUUAUCUUGAUUGCUCUCAUCGGUGUGUGGAGAGUGACUCGGGUGAAGGAACAUGACUUUUACUGGUUGCUAACUUUCCUCUUUUUGCCGCUUGUCCUGGAAAUGAUAAUAACCCUGAGGAGGAGGAAAGGAAAGGAUUACAAAUGGUUUUCCCCACCCAUCUUUCUGUUUCUCAUUAGUAUCAUUCCCUCCAUGUGGCUCCUGGAGCUCCACCACCAGCAGAAUAAGAACAGCGAACCUCAGUGUCAAAAGCUUGAUUCUUUGGAUCUGUACAACCUCAUUCAAAACAAGACCUCCAGAAACCUCACGAUCACGGAUUCCCUGAAGGAUAUUGGCAAUUUUUUCUCUGCUGUUUGUGCGAAUGACUGGAUCCUGGCUCUCCAUCAGAUCCUGCUCAUCCUGCUCAUUGUGGGGAAGUGGCUCCUGCCCUUGGGAGGCGGGGUCACAAGAGAUGAGUUGUCUCAACUUCUUCUAAUCUUUGUUGGCACAGCAGCGGACAUCCUGGAAUUUACUAGUGAGACACUAUCAGAUAUCAAAGAUAACAAUGAUAUGCUGGUCUAUGUCAUCUUAGGUGUAUGGACCUGGAGUAUGUUGCAAUUUCCACUCCAUCUAGCAGUGGUGAACUCCACACCUGGCAGAGAGGCUGAUCAGGGUGCACAGGAGUCUCUCUUGACUAAGCACAGCACUGACAUAUGGAACAUCAUUCAGGCGCUGUUCAUCCAGGACGGCCCUUUUCUGUGUGUCAGGCUCACUGUGAUGGCCUGCUUCAAAGUCUUCCACCAGAUGCUUGUCUUUUUUGCCAUUAAGAACUUCCUAGUGGUUGCACUGAACUUGUACAGGUUUGUUGUUAUAUGUCAGGACUUCAGAACCUCCAGUGACAAUAAUGCCGGGGGCACCGCCAUCCCAUGACUUUGAUGCAUAAACAACAAGUGUAAACGGAGGUCUGGGAGGAUUUUACACCAAAUUUUUUAAAGAUUUUUCAGUUAAAAAGAAAACUACACCUGGAGCAGGAAAAUAAAAAGAAUUGAAUGCUCUCUGCUUUCUUCACACACUUCUACUGUGUGCAAUACAGAAUUCAGAAAACUCGGAUAUGCUGAACAGCUAAGUUCAGAGUCCACAUGUGACUUAACUGCUUAGCAUCCAGUUCAGCCUAUGAAAAUCUCUGUCAACUCAUUCAUGUAGUACUUAUAUCCGGUUAUGAAUACAUGAUCUAAAUGUUAGUUUCAAUUAUGCACGGUAUAAACUGGUUUGUUUGUUUGUUUGUUUGUUUGAAUGAAUGACUUACGUGACCAACAGCAUACCAGGGACACAGCAAAACAAGGAAACAGAGCAGAACAGGAAAAAGGUGUGGCGGUCACAAUAAUAAAUAUCUCCAUAUAAGAAAAUAGUGAAAAUCUACAACACUAAGCCUGUCAACACUCCACAAUGCCUUAAAGUAGCUCCAGUGCCUCUGCUUGUCAGUGCAGCAUAAAAUAACUGAAGUCCCAGACUUUCAGGUAAGACUUUUGUGCUUAAUCUGAGAGGACAUGAGGUCACCAAGAACAGGAAGAGAAAAAAAGAUGAGAGCAAUGGCUCAGAGGCUAGGAGGUGUUGACAAAAAACUCGACAGCAUUUUUCCUGUCUUAACGCAGACAGGACGUUCCGGCUGACUAAAACAAACCCUGAUCCAGCAGCUGGCUGUUAAAGAAAAGAACUUUAGCAGCGUGGAUAAUUAUUCCACACCUUGAUUGAUGGUUAGUUGUACCUCUUGGAUGGUGAUGCUUAAAAAGUAAUUCACGCCCCCCUUCUUUUUUAACAAGUAUGAGAAAUGUAAAAUAAUCCCUGAAGUGGGUGAAUUAUCUUAUCGUUCGUGCAAUAUUGUUAAAGAGACCAAACACACCGUUAAACUUUACUCAGGUAAGGAGCUCUGUUUGCGUUGUUUUUAAGACCUUUAAACUUCACCUCAGGCUUUAAGAUGCCAGCAAUUUUUGUUUUCAAAUUAUUCGUAUUGGUUUGGUGAUGCUAUUUUGACUGCAUUAUUUUCCCAGAUUUCUGCAAGAAAUAGCAAGUUAUCCUGUCAAGGUCUUAUUUUUUCUGUAAUUCUGGUUUUUUUUUAAUAAACAUCAUUAAAUGAUGUAGCUCUGCCUCCCGUUACUUUACUGAACAAGCAUUUGUUUCAG